UCCGCCGCGGUGUGGCAGUUUGCUGUUUGUCCAUUGCGUAGCAGCCCGCGGAGUUUGAGUGUGAGCAGGUCCGGAUCGCGGCGGGCUCCAGGCUUCCCAGGUCCCCUAUCCAACUGCGCGGGUCUUACAGGAGCCCGCCUUCCUGCCCGGGCUUCAGACGCCACACCUCCUGUGCGCAGGCUUCUUAGGACCCAGGCUCCUACCGGGGCCGCAGGCACCCCCUCCAGCCCCCUGCGGUGGGCCGCAGUUCCGCGGUCAUCUCUCGGACUUAAUAAUAAGUCUUGUCCCCAGUGCUCGCCUAUGCUCACCUCCGGGCAGUUUCUCAUCUCCCAAGUGAAUCCUCGAGUCUUCGACCUCUCGUCUCCGUUCCUUCCAGAAAGUAAUUUUUAGACCUUUCCCCUCGUCUUUAUUUCUUGUCCCUCUUUCUCUUCUAACCAGAAGUCAAUGCCAGGAGGUAUGGCGCCCCUCAAGAAGCCUCGGAAUCCCAACAAAUUGCCCCUGGCUUUAAACCCCACGAAGAGCAAGGACGUUUUGGCAGUGCUGGCUGAGAGGAACCAGGCCAUAGUACCAGUUGGGGCUUGGGUGGAACCUGCCUCACCAAAUUGGUCGGGAAUUCCAGCACAUACUUCAGCAUACAUAGUUGAAGAGGAAAUAAAGGAACAGCAGCGAAGAAAGCAAGAGUCUCUGAGACAUUUUCAGAGACAAGUCAGACAGCGGGUCAAUCAGCAGGUUAAGCUGAGGAAAAAGCAACAACUUCACAAGUCGUACAAAGCAGCAGAAAAGGAAGGCUCUAUAGUCAUGCGGUAUUCAGAUUCGGCAUAUUUAACUUCUAAAAGGACAAGUGUUUUCCCUAGCAAUUUGAGUGCUGCUGUUGGAAGUUUUAGGUUACCCACUUCCCAGGUGCUUGGUGAUGCAACAGAAGAUGGAGAGAAUCAGAAUCAGUUAUUUCAACAACAAGCUCAAGCUCUUAGUCAAACUAUGAAACAGGCACGUCACCAACUGGCAUCCUUUAAAACUGUGAGUGAAAAAAAGACAUCAGUGUUUCCAAAUGGUGGAAGGAAAAGUUCUCCCACCCAAGAGGACCUUGGCUGUGAGAAAUUUUCAGUUGUUGCAGUAAGUGAGGAGAGAGACAAAUUGUUUGUGAGCUGCCAGCAGGAUCUUCUUUCUGAAAGCAAAGAAAAGGUUUUCAGCAAAGUUCAGAAAGUAAAAUUCAAAAAUCCCUUAUCUGUUGUGAUAAAAGAAGACGAGCAGAAGCAGUUAUAUCCUCAUAGCCUUCAGGCUGCUCUUCCAGACACCCAGGAUGAUUUUGUACAAGUUCAAAAUAGACUUCCAGAAUCUCAGAGCGAUGUGAUAGACUUCCAGAAUGUUGAGCUUAAAGCUUCAAGAAUUGAACCUAAAGCUCCAGGUGUUGACCCAGACACCCAGGCCACUGGAAUGGAGUUUCAGACUACAGAGCCAGAGAUUCAGGACUUUCCUAAAGUCCAGACUGUUGAGCUAGAUGGGAAUACUAAGUUGGAAGCCCAGGAUUUUCUACCCUCACACCAGGCUUUUCUAUCCAGAGACCAAGAAUGUCUGCCCAGUUGUCAAUACCAGGAUUCUUUACCCAAAGAUCGCUGUGUUCUCCCUAAUUUCCAGAAUGAUUUACCUAAAUACCAGGAUCAGCAUUUUCUACCAGUAGACCAGGAAUUUCUACCUAGAAACCAACUUGCUUUACCCAAAGAACAGAAUCAUCCACUCAAAUACCAGAAGCAGGAUCUCCCACCUAAAGAACAGUUUCCCCUGCCCAGACAUCAGUAUAUUUUACCUAUAUAUCAGGACCAAAGAGAUCCACAUGUUCUUCCUAAAUGUCAGGUUCUUGAUGUUCUUUCCAAAGGCCAGAAUUAUCUACACAAUUAUCAGGAGCAGGAUCUUCAACUCCAAAACCAGGAAGUAAACUUUAAGGAGCCAUUCUCUGAUGUGAAAGGGAGAGAAAUAUUUUCUCUGGACAUUUUUCUCAAGCAACCCUCAACUUUUAUGAGAAGAGAGACAGGGGAUGAGGAGUUAGCUUUGGAGUCUCCUCAGUAUGCUCCACCUCAGAUCCAGGACCAAGUCUUCCUUAGAGAGCAGAGCCAGCAGCCCUCUGUUAGGACAGCUGAAAGGUGGCAAGAGGCUUUGUAUCUCAGGGGCCAUGACUGUCUUCCACCCAGACAACGGAGAGAUGGGUGUAGCAGGCGACAGCAGGUCUUUGAGGAGUAUCAGUCGGGACUGAGCACCGAGCAGCAGGCUCUGCUGGCAUUUCAAUCUGGAGUGGAUCGAGAAGAAGACAAAAAAGAGCGUCAAAAGCAGUAUCUGAGACACAGGAGGCUUUUCAUGGAUAUUGAGAGAGAACAAGUGAAAGAACAGAACAGACAAAAGGAACAAAAGAGGAGGAUUGAAAAAAUUAAGAAAAGGAAAGAAGAACAGCGCUACGCUGAAGAGCAGAGACUACUAAGAAUGAACUGUCCUGAAGAACCUUAUUCAGAAGAGAGGAUAAGUGAUGCGUUAUCCCAGUUACAGCUGGACGAGAUGAAAGGAGCCAGAGAUAAACAGCAACAGAGAGAAAAAGAAUACGUAAGAUAUGUAGAAGCUUUACGAGCCCAGGUCCAGGAGAAAAUGAAGCUUUAUAAUAUCACUUUACCUCCACUAUGCUGUUGUGGUCCUGAUUUUUGGGAUGCUCAUCCUGAUACCUGUGCCAACAAUUGCAUUUUCUAUAAAAACUACAGAGCAUAUAAUCGGGCAUUGCAUUCAGUCAUCAAUUCUUCUGAUAUCUCUGAGGGGAACGCAACUCUUCGAAAUGCCAUUCGUAAUUUUGCUUCUGCACAUAGACGGACUCCAAAACAAAGUCUCCACUGAAGAGUGUCAGUAAGAUGCUGUGUCACGUAGAAAACACAGACACCCUGGAGCUAUCGGAAGCACUAGUGCCAACAGUUCAGCCGCACAGAGCACCCCUGAGCUACAGCCCUUCCAAAAGGCAUUUUCCUCGUGCCAAGCAAGGAGCAUCAAGAGUUUGUUUUUGGAAUUUUGUUUACUUUACAAACUAUAGAUAUGUUUUAUGUCCAGUUUUCAAUUUGGGUUUUAGAGCUAAUAAUGACAUCACCUCACAAGCCGAAAGCAUAAUGCUAGAAACAUCUUCAAAUGCCUUGUCACACCAACAGCAAAGUGCGAAGUAAGGAGAGCGCAAGAGCGCCUUUUAAUGUUAAAGUGUUUGUAAACAUGUAUGACUGGGAUUCAGUUUCAAGAGCUCCAGAAACACAUGUCCACUUCAUGUAAACCAGACGUUUUGAGAAGCUGCAGUGUUCUCACAGUUAGUGAGAAUCUAACUGGUUAGAUUCUAACUUAAACUUAGUGAGGGCAAUAGACACAGCUCAGAUAAGAUGUGUGGAUUAUGGUCUGCCCCUCUUUAUGUGUUUGCAAGAGUCAGAUGAGCAUUUUCAGUUGAGCAUGGUGGUACGUGUCUUUAAUCCCACUACUGUGGAGGCUGAUGUAGAAGGAUCAGGAGAUUAGGGACACCUGAACUACAUGAAACUGUCUCAAAAAAACCCUUUAAGCCAAAUAAAGUAGUUGUUUUUCCUUCUGCUUCUGCUUCUGUUGCUAUUCCUCAUCUUCUUUUUGUGAACAAAUCAAUAGGAUUCUUUUUACUGUCAGACUUUCCUUGAUUUGUACUUGUGGCAUCCUUCUCCUAUUUCUCCUCGGCUUCCCCACCUCACUGAUGCAGGGCUGCUUUUCUCUGCUACUUAAGCUGCUCAGCAUCUCACUCACAUCAACUGUUGUGUUUGUUUAACCACAUCUACAAAUAGAGAAUCCCAGGAUUUGUGGAUUUGGUCUUGGGCCAGAGUUCUAAACAAAACAAAAAGAAUACAGACAGUGGUCUGCAGGCAGCCAUAGUGCUCAUUUCCUGCAGGCUUCCUCAAAGCUGGUCUACAGUCCUUCAUUUGCCAAAUGGGAGAACUUUUUCUAACUUUGUCAUUUCAUAAUUUUAAAUUUCCCUUCUGAGGCAUUGUCUGGAGACAAUUCUUAGAGCACUUAAGUAAAUCCUGCAAUAUUGGGAAGGACAUUGGCUCUUCUUCUUGUGGUCUUCUCUGCCUGUCUACGUAAAGAAGUCAUAAGCAGUCAAAAGCCUUUGGUUUAUUGGGUCACUUUUAGUCAUUCUGAUGUAUUGUUCUCUAGGAAAUGCAGAGCACAGCACAAGGAUCUCUGACCUCAGUCUAGCUCUCUCCAUGACAACCAACUUUUAUUUAAUUGUUACUCAUUAAAAAUGUUAACAGUAAACCAUAAGGAACCUAUAAUGGCAGUCACUUUGGAGUCUUCCCACUCCAAAAUCCCUUUCUAAUCCUAGGUAACCAUUAAUCUAUUUCUUUUAUGUAUAAAUAAGCCUAUAUGUGACUUCUCUUCUAAAUGGAAUAUACAGUAUGAGCUCUUUUUGACUGAACCUUUUCAGUUAGCCUGAUGUCAAGACUCAUCUGUAUUGUCAUAUUCACUAAUGUGUUGAAUAGUAUUGACCGUAAUCGUACCAUUAAAAGUAUUUAUUGUUUUAUCGUCUAUUAGUGGAUACUAGUAGACAUUUGGGGUUUUCCACGUGGUUAUUACGAAUCCUACUAUGAGCACUUGCUCUCAGGAUUCUGUAGUACAUGUUUUCAUUUCAUGGUGUAUGGGAGUAGAGUGCUGGAAUCACAUAGUAGCUUUGUGUUUAACUUUUGACCAACUGUAAACUCUUUUCCAAAGUAUCCAUACUAUUUUUCAUUUGCUAGAACAUGUAAAGAGAGGCUCAGUGUUCUUCACCAACAUUCAUCUCUGACAGGUGGCUAUGAUGUGGUAUUCAUUGCGGUUUUAAGUUCCUCCUAGCAGUUGGUUAUGUUUUCAUGUGCCUGUUGGCUGAGUGGGUCUGUUUUUUGAAGAUGUUUGUCAGAUGCUUUACCAGCUUCAUAAUUGGGUUAUAUUUUUAUUACAGAAUUAUGUUGUACAAAUUUUUAAUUCCAAUUCUGGGUUUCUACACUACCUUUGAUCAUUUAAAAGACACACACAACCUUUAUAUUUACAGUAAGCCUUAAACAGUACAAGAGCUGGGCAGAUACCUAUCUACCUUCUCUGCUAUUAGAAUCCACCCUCUUGUGAUAACCCAGAGUUAUUACUUACUAUAUUUUAUCUGGGCUGUUCUAAACUCCAGCUGGCCCGCUCUCAGGACCAUGUUUUCAUGGCUCACCUAACCAUGGUGGCUUCUCUUCCUCCUGCACUUUCUUCAUUCUCUCCUGGUUCUCCUUAGACCCCAAGCCCUGGAAACCUACACCCCACUUUUGUCUCUUCUGCCUAACUAUUGGCUGUUGGCAUCUUUAUUUACCAACCAAAAAUAGCUUAGUUAGGGCCACAGGUUUGCUUGAGGACUCCAGGUCUUGGGGGCCACCACUUAGCAUUACAGUAGAUAGCAAAACCAAACCUCAACAGAAUUAGAGGAGCUCCUAAUGUAUUCUACACAUCUCACAUUCUGGGGAUUAUCUUUUUUUUUUUUUUCUUUUUUGAGACAGGGUCUCACUGUAGUUCUGGCUGUCCUGGAAGUCACUUUGCAGAACAGGCUGGCUUUGAACUCACAAAGAGUUCUCAGGCUCUGCCUCCCAAACGUUGGGAUUAAAGAGUGUAACACCUGCUUCUUUUCACUUUCUUAGUGGCUUUUGCAGCUUGUAGUACACACUUACAUUUAAUGAAAAUAAUGUAAUGAAAAAAUGUAUAAAUUUUAUACAUUUAUAUACAUUUGUGACCUGUGCUUUUGCUAUAGUCUGAAAAGCCAUUACUUGAUCCAAAGCCACAAGUGUUUAUGUGUUUUGUUCUGAGAGUUUUAACUGUUGAUUUUAGAGUUAUUUACUAUCCAGUUUGAGCUAAUGUGUGUCAAAGGUCAUUCUUUUACAUACAGUGGAUACCUAGUAUCCCACUAUCACUUGUUAAAGACUACCAUUUGUCCCAUAGAAUUGACUGGAAAUAUCAGAGCUUACUUGUAAGAUCUCUGUUGUGCACCAUUUAUCACUGUGUCUGUCCUUAUAUAGAAUAUUUCUGGAGCCGGGCGGUGGUGGUGCAGGCCUGUAAUCCCAGCACUCUGGGAGGCAGAGGCAGGUGGAUUUCUGAGUUCGAGGCUAGCCUGGUCUACAGAGUGAGUUCCAGGACAGUCAGGACUACACUGAGAAACCCUGUCUUGGAAAAAAACCAAAUCUAAAAAACCAAAAAACCAAGAAUAUUUCUGGAAUACAAUAACUUUGUGAUAAGUUUGAAGUUCACAAGUGUAAGCCCUACCUACCUCUGUCCUUUUUUAAAAAGAUAAUUUUACUUUUCUAAGUCCAUAUAUUUUUAUGAGUUUUAAGGUUGCUUUUCUACCAAAACCAAAACAAAACAAAACAACAACAAACAAAACGAAGAAAAACAAAAGAGUAGCUGAAUUCUGAUAGGAAGCAUACUGAAUUACUGAGUAAUUUGGGAAUAAUUGGCAUCUGACCCUUGAACAUAGGAUGAGCUCUCAUAUGUGUAUGGCUUUAAUUUUUCUGCCUGUGUUUUACAUUUACAGAGGACAAAACUUGUAUGUAGAUUAAACAUGUUCCUAAUGUUAUUGUAUUGAUGUUCGUGUAAAUGAAAUUGCCUUGUUUUUCCUUUCUCUCCACUUUGAGCCUGGUCUUACGUUACUUAGGCAGGUCUCAAACUCAGUGUAUAGUCUAGAAUGUCCUCCCCAAUUUGUCUUUUUGAGUGCUGAAGUUAUAGGCAUGUACUACCACACCCACUUGAUGCAGUGCUGGGGACUGAACCUGGGGUUUUCUGAGUGCUGAGCAACUGCUACAUCCUCAGCCCAUAAUUUCAUUUUUUAAUUAUUAUUUUGUGGGGCAUAUGUGUGUGGGGCAUAUAUGUUGAGGUGCUAUCACUGCUUACAAAUGGAGGUCAGAAGACAACUUCAAAAGUUGGUUGUUCUCCUUCCGCUGGGAUCCAAGGUUACAACUCAGGUCAUCAGGCUGGCUCACCAAGCGCUGUAUCCACUGAGCCAUCUCUCCAGCGCUAGCCAGGAAUAUUUUAUAUGUUGAAUCUUGUCCUUUUAAAAUAGAACCUUACUUCCAGCUCAGCAUUUUGUUUCUUUUUCUUGUCUAAUUACUUGUUUUGUUACUGGUUAGAACAUCAUGCACAAAAUCAUUCAGUACUUUAAGAGCACAGAAUUUUUUUGUCUUUAAUUUUUUUAGUCUUUAUGGUUAUUUAUAAGAUUUGAUGAAGUUCCCUUUUAUUACUAGCUUAGUGAGUGCUGUUAUCCUAGAGUUGUUGGAUUUUAUCUGGUGCUUUUCUGCAUCUACUAUUAUUAUGUAUUCUUUGGUGGUUUUGUUUUUGGUUUUGUUUUUGGUGUUUUGGAUCAGGGCCUUGCUGUGUCAUGUGGGCUAAGCCAGCCUCAAACUUACACUCUUGCCUUAAACAUUUUUUAAUUGGUUUUCUUGUGUUAUUACAACAUUACUUUCCUAGGAUAUGUAGUAUUGGCUUUUUUUUUUUUAGUCCUCACACAGUUUUUUGUUUGUUUGUUUGUUUGUUUGUUUGUUCUAAGUUUGUUUUUCUGAAACAGGUGUUUGACUUGUAUGAUCUCAAGUUAGUAAAAUGAUGAUAAAACUGGCCCAUUGAAUAUCAUCAGAAAACUAUAAGUCUUUUAGUUUCAGUCUAUAUAUAAAAGUUUCAAGACGUCUUAGUUUGGGUUGUAUUGCUGUGAAGAGACACCAUGACCAGGACAACAUUUAAUUGGAGCUGGCUUACAGUUUUAAAACUUUAGUCCAUUAUCACCUUGGUGAGAAGCAUGGCAGCAGGCAAACAUGGUGUCUUAGUCAGGGUUUCUAUUCCUGCACAAACAUCGUGACCAAGAAGCAAGUUGGGGAGGAAAGGGUUUAUUGAGCUUACACUUCCAUGUUGCAGUUCAUCACUAAAGGAAGUCAGGACGGGAACUCAAGCAGGUCAGGAAGCAGGAGCUGAUGCAGAGGCCAUGGAGGGAUGUUUCUUACUGGCUUGCUUCCCCUGGCUUGCUCAGCCUGCUCUCUUAUAGAACCCAAGAACACCAGCCCAAAGGUGGUACCACCCACAAGGGGCCCUCACCACUUGAUCACUAAUUGAGAAAAUGCCCCCCAGCUGGAUCUCAUGGAGGCACUUCCCCAACUGAAGCUCCUUUUUCUUUGAUAACUCCAGCCUGUGUCAAGUUGACACACAAAACCAGCCAGUACACAUGGUUUUGAGAAAGAGCUGAGAGUUCUACAUCUGGAUCAACAGGCAGCAGGAAGAGAGUGACAAUGAGUCUGGGUCGAGCAUUUGAAACCUCAAAGCAAAGCUCAUGCCACUGACACUCCAACAAGACCACACCUUCUGCUAGUGCCACUCCCCAGUGACCAGCAUUCAAAUCUAUGAGCCUGUGGAGGCCAUUCUUUCUCAAACCACCACAGAUGUGAAUGUUCCUGUGCUGGAGUCUGGUCAUAUGUUAACAGUGGCCUGUGGUUCCGUCAGAGCAGUAGCAUUGAUCAAGAAGAAGCAAGUCACCUGUCACACAUGGUGGCAGUGGGAUGAAUUCUGUUUGACGUGUUAAAUAUGCUUUGGAAGGAAAUCUGGAAUCCAGGUUUCUUGUUUUGUUCCUGAAUUUGCAAGACUUGUUCUGGCUAGUUUUAUGUCUAUUUGACACAAGUUGGAGUCACCAGAGAGGAGGGAGCCUCAUUUGACAAAACGGCUCCAUAAGAUUUGGUUAUAGGAAAGCCUGUAGGGCAUUUUAUUCACUGGUGAUUGAUGUGGGAGGGCUCAGCUAUUGUGAAUGGUGCCACCCCUGGGCUGGCGGUCCUGGGUUCCAUAAAAGAGCAGGCUGAGCAAGCCAUGGGGAGAAAGCCAGUAAGCAACCCUCCUCCAUGGCUUCUGUAUCAGCUCCUGCCUCCAGGUUCUUUCCCUGCUUGAAUUCUUGUCCUGACUUCCUUUGAUGAUAAACCAUGUUGUGGAACUAUAAGGAGAAUAAACCUUUUCCUUCCCAACUUGCUUUUGGUCAUGGUACAUUAUCACAGCAAUAGAAAUCCUAACUAAGACAAUGGUAAAUCAGAAUUUGCAGGGUAAACUUUAAUUGCCUUCCUAGAUUAGCUGAGAACUUUGAGGAAAAAGAGGCUAGAAGAUAAAAACUGAUUCUAAAGAGAUGGAUUCUGACUUAUGGAGCAGGGAUUGGGUUUGGGGGAAGGAAAAGGACUAAAUUUGGACCCAGAAUUUAAAGUAGCGUAUGCCUGAGGAGUGUCCCUCAGAGUGUUUGCUUAGCAUGUAUAAGGCUGGGAGUUUGAUGCCAAUACAGAGUGAGUGAGCGAGUGGAUAAGUAAGUAGGGUAUUUAAGUUGGAAAAAAAAAGACUGAAUAAGAAUGAAUAUUGGGGGCUGGAGGGAUGCUUCCAUGAUUAUUAAAAGGACUGUCUACUCUGCCAGAAGGCCUGAGUUCAAUUCCCAGCACUCACAUGGCAGCUCAUAAUCAUCUGUAACUCCAGGACUAGUGCUCUGAUGCCCUCUACAGGCCCAGGCACUGUGUGCACAUGGUGCACAGACAUACAUGCAGGCUAAACACCCAUACACAUAAAAAGUUUUUUAAAAAAAGUAAGUGAAUGAAUACUCCUUGGAUAGCUGUUCAUAUUCUCUGUAGGUUUUUCCUCCUCUCUAUUAUUUAUGACAAGGCUUUUUGUAUGCAUGAAGAAAUAGACAAUAGGGAACCUUCACAGCUCCCACCAUUGUAUCUACAUAGGCACACCUGCCUGUCCCUACUUAAUCCCUGCUACUGUGGAGCUCUCGUUCUGUCCUGUCCUGUCCUGUCCUGUCCUGUCCUGUCCUGUGGCUGAAGCAAGUCCCCCAUCUCCUCAAAGGCAUUGCCUCAGUACUUCUCUUCACUACAUCAUUAAUUUCUCCCAUGCCAAGCAUGGUGGCAGCACAUGUCUUUAAUCUCAGCACAGGGACAGGAGACAGUCAGGCAGAUCAUGAGAGUUCAAGACCAGCCUGGUAUAUAGAGCAAGUUCUAGGACAUCCAGGGCUACACAGAGAUACUCUGUCCCAAAACAGAACAAAAGUUCCUAACUAUUAAAAUAUUCCUACAGGUACACAGAACUGUAAUUUUUUCCAUAUUGAAAACCAGCCAACUUAAAAAAAAAUAGAAGAGAAAAAAAAGGAAAAACAAAACAAAACUUGGUUUACUUAAUAUACUUUCAGUUACCACUAAACUUCUUUGUUUCCUUUUAAAACAUCAUCCCUGAGUUCUCAAUACGUACUGCUCCUUCUCAUGUUCUGCCUUGAUCAUACAUUAGCAGUUUGUCUUUACCACUCUAGUGAAAAUGUUCUUCAGAUUGGGUAUGGCGGGGCACGCACCAGAGAGGCUGAGGCUGGUGGACCCUGUGUUCCAUGCCAAAGUCACCAGUGGCUUCUACACCGCUAAAUCCAAAGGUCAUUUUCAAACUUCAUCCUAAUAAUCAAUAGAAUUCAACAUAAGUGAUCCAUCUUUUUUUUUUAAUCGCCUUAUCACCCGGCUUCCCCACCACCAAAGUUGUAAAUUGUUUCUCUUCUUCUCUAUCUUUCCCUCCCCUUGCUCCUCUGAGCUUUUUUCUAGGUCUGUGGUGUUAAGUAUCAACUAUAUAUGAACAAAAGCUUUGAGCUUUGUUUCUCUGGCUCCUGACUUCUCUCUCAUCUCCAGAGUCAGACAUUUGGCUGCUUGGGUGACAUUUCUCUAUGGUUGGUUUCCCAAAGAUGUGUGCUUUUCACACUCUACCCAGUCUCAAUUAAUGACAGUUCUGCCCAAACAUUGUAGAAGUCAUUGGCUCUUCUUUACCUUCCUCUCAACCUUCAUCAUUCCAUUAGCAAAUGAUGCCCUGUGUCUACCCUCAGUGUUUCUCUAGUUCCUAUUUCCACUGCUUGACAUGUUCCAAGCUGUCUUUCUUGUAGAUUACUUGUGACUUGUCUAACUGUGCUCCCUCACUUUCUUCCCUUCUCCUCCUCCCCUUCCUUUUCCUCCCUUCCCCUCCCCUUCCUUUUCCUCCCCUCCCCUCCACUCCCCUUCCUUUUCCUCCCCUCCCCUCCCCUGUCCUCCCCUUCUCUCCCUUCCCCUCCCCUUCUCUUCUCCCCUCCUCUCCUUUCGCCUCCCCUCCCCUCCUCCCCUCUUCCCCUCUCCUCCCCUCUUCUCCCUUCCCCUGCCCUCCUCUUCUUCCCUCUCUUCUUCUCCCUUCCCCUCCUCUUCUCUCCUCUCCUCUUUCUUCCCUUUCCUCCCUCUCCCUUUCCCCCCUCCCUCUCCACCAAGACAGGUAUCCUGUAAUCCAUGCUGCUCUUAAACUCUCUAUGUAGCCAAGAAUGACCUUGAAUAUCUCAUCCUCCUGCCUCCAACCACUCAAAUACUAGGAUUACAGGUGUACACUGCUACACUUGGCUCCAACUUUAGCACAUCUUCCUCUAAAGCCAAUCUUCCCCUCUCUACCUCCUAACAACACAAUGUUUACAUACUCCAGUCCACUUCAAGUAAAUUAGCAAUGACUGUUCCUUAUUAUAUGCCUAUCCAUCUCAGUGAAUGUCAUUUCCAUCUAAUUUAUUUUCAGCAAAAAUUGUGGAGUCACUCUCCACUUUUUCUAUGCAUACAAGUUUUAUUGGUUUUAUCCUUAGAAUACACUCAGAAUUCAUCUGUUCUCAUGCUGCUUGUCCCGUUACAGUAUGCUGGCCCACAUCUGCAUUGUUCCUGAGUUAGCACAGCAGCCUCCUACUAGGCGUUCUUGCUUCUGUUUAUGUGCAGCACCUACAUUGCUCUUAGUACAGUAGCCAGAGCCAGGCUUUCAGAAUUAGAUUGGUCGUGCCAUGCCACUCCUGCACAAACUUUCCUUUGUCUACGGAUCUUUGGCUUGUCCUUCCAGUGUCGUGCAGGACUUAGCACUGUGAUUUCAGGCAGACCUGAGCCUUUUCUCCUGCCUCUUUCCUCUCUGCUUUGAUUGGCCACACUGACUUAUUCUAACUUGGACACUCCAAGGACACGUUUGCUUCAAGGCUUUUUCAUCUGCUGUCUUGUGUCUUCUUCCUCUGAUAAUAGUUGACUUGUGUCCUUCGUCUUUGUUCAAAUGUAGUUUAUCACAAGACCUUCCUAAUGAGCUAAAGUGCCCCUUCCUACUCACCCCUGACACAAGGGCUCUAUAUUCUCUCUUUAAAUGUUUCCUUUAUGUGACUUAGCCUAUGUGGUGGAUUAUUUAUUUUGUAUUUUUCUUCUUUCCACUGGAUUGUAUACUUCUUAAACAGACUUUUAUUUGUAUUUGUUAAAUUCUGUUACAAAUCCCCAAUGUAAAGGUUGUGCCUGAUACUUACUGGACUCUGUCAAUAUUUAUUAAAUCAUUAAACUUGUCCCCCACUCCCUUUU